UCAGCUGUUUUUUCUGAUAACAUUGGCCCGUGCAAAAUGCUUAGUCUGAAAUUGGCAUCUGGUCAAGAUCGACCAGUAGGUAGAGGCCUACUAUGGAGCCCACCGAAUCGGAGUCGCGGCAUCGCCUAAAUACGGCGGGCACGAGGACCUCGCCAGCUAGCUCUGGAGAAUACAUCAAGGGGGUGGAGUCCCACUGCGAGACCGAUGGAUUCGUUAAUGAACAGUGGACGGAACCGGCGCAACCAGGUCCAGUGCCCUGGAAAACCAUCGUCAUCAUCCUACUGCUUUUCAUCGGUGGCAUUAUUUGCAUCGCCUUCGCCACCCUAAACUGGGUGACGGACACGAGCCAGGAGCGCUCGGAUCGGGUGUGGGCAUUGGGUAUUAUCGGGGCACUGACAUUCAUCCCGGGAAGCUAUUAUGUCUACGUUAUCUUCUGUAUAAUGCUCAACCGGAACGGAUUCACCAUGGACGAGAUAAGAAGACUCGGUUGAGGAGGAGAGGCCCAAUACCAUGUUUCGUCAAAUAGAGUUUAUUGCUUUUACACUACAGUUACAGUUCACACAUUUCAUUGGCAUAAUUUCUUUAGCAACAAUCUUAAAAUGUAGUUCAUAAUGAUACAUGUGUAUUCCCCCGAUAAUUGUAUAAAAAUAUUUUGUAAACACGA